AUUGUUUUUCCUAAUUUAAUAAAAAUGUAUCGUUAUAUUUUAUGUGUUUUUUUACUAUUCUCUGUUGUAUGUGUUAACGGGGAAAAUAAAUAUUCACGCUCAGCAAACGAAAAAAAGACUACCACUAAUGAGGUUGUAAACUUUAGGACAUUACAAAAACCAUUUAGGAUGAACAAGCUCAAUUUAUUGUGGACUAAAGCGCAACAGCGACUAACAGAGCCAAAGUUAAAGUCUCUAUAUAGCGAUCUGAUGCUGCAUGAUAAGGAGGAGAUCCUGUAUAAGAGAGUAAAGAGUGAGGGCGGAGACAAAGAGGGUUUGAAAGAAGCUGAACUUAGACGGAAACUAUCUAAUCUCAUAAAUGUGUACGGCCUUAGUGAACAUUUUGAAGAUAACACUCUGGGCAGACAAAAGGAAAAUGAGGCCUACAACUCUGCAAAUGAGGAUUACAUUAACAAGAGCUUGUUCAAAGACAAAAAGUUAAAUAUGCUUUGGGCUAAGGCUGAAGCAUCAGGGUUUACUAGUGAGGAGCUCUCCGCAUUAAGGGAAGAGUUUACCCAUCACCAGGAGAAAAUUGAUCAAUAUUAUGACCUACUGGCCAAUGUAGACACCAAAGAUAAGGAGGAAUAUAAAAAUGCUAUAAAUGAAGAUGAGGUUGAGAAAUUCAAUGAAAUAAAUUACAAUUACGAAAAGGACAAUGGUGAGAAUCUGAGUAAGGAUUUUCUAGACAAAGCAAACCUCGUGAGGGAAAAACACAGAAGUUUGAGAGACGGGUAUGACAGACUCCAGAGAAUUGCUGCUAAAGGUCCAAACAACAAGGAGUUCAUUGAACCGAAAGUACAGGGCCUGUGGAAGCUGGCAGCAGCAGCUAACUUCACCACUGAUGAACUGGCUUCAAUCAAGGUGGAGCUGCACCACUACGAGAGCCGGCUACUCAAGCUGCGCACACUGCACGCCGAUCACGUAAGCAAUGUAGACAAACAUCACACUAAGGUUGCCGCCGCUGGUGACAAGAUGGACCACUUCGCAGAGCAGCAACAGAUGAUCAAGAAACACGCGCGGAAAGUGGAGAAGAUGCACGCUGACCUCGAGGGCAGGAUACUGGCGCGCCACACGGAGCUGUAGUUGUUAAAAAUGUAGGGUGCCAAGUGGAUUGAAAGAGUUUACAUGUCUUAACAUAGGCUUCAACUCGGAGUCAAUUGAUAUUGCAACGUUGCAAGGCGUCACAAUGCAUUUGUAAAUGAGUUAAUCAAGGGAGGAACAGGCAGCGAAAAUGUACCUUAAGGGCCAACGCUAAAACUCGCGCGGGCGCACGCUCGCGUGUA